GGAGUGUGAGGUGGGUGGAUCACUUGAGGUCAGGAGUUCGAGACCAGCCUGACCAACAUAGUAAAACCCCGUCUCUCCUAAAAAUACAAAAAUUAGCCAGGCGUAGUGGCAUGCGCCUGUAAUCCUAGAUACUUAGGAAGUUGAGGCAGGACAAUUGUUUGAACCAGGGAGGCAGAGGCUGCAGUGAUCUGAGAUAGGGCUACUGUCCUCCAGUCUGAGGGAAAGAGCCAGACUUCGUCUCAAAAAAACAACCAAAAUAAACAACUGCUUCUGAAUACACAAUGGAAAAAAAUCCCCAGGAGUUGUGCCAGGGUGAAGGGAAGUAGGGCUUCCUAUGUGAGUUACCAGGAAUCUUGGAGCUGGCCCACGCAGGAGUGUGGGAGGUGACAGAGAGGUCUUUAAAACCAGGCGGGCCCAGCCCCGGCCUCUUCUGUGGGCCUGAGGACGGAGAAAAGGUCUCACUGAACCCCAGAGAUGAAAGGCCUCCUCCCACUGGCUUGGUUCCUGGCUUGUAGUGUGCCUGCUGUGCAAGGAGGCUUGCUGGACCUAAAAUCAAUGAUCGAGAAGGUGACAGGGAAGAACGCCCUGACAAACUACGGCUUCUACGGCUGUUACUGCGGCUGGGGCGGCCGAGGAACCCCCAAGGAUGGCACCGAUUGGUGCUGUUGGGCGCAUGACCACUGCUAUGGGCGGCUGGAGGAGAAGGGCUGCAACAUUCGCACACAGUCCUACAAAUACAGAUUCGCGUGGGGCGUGGUCACCUGCGAGCCCGGGCCCUUCUGCCAUGUGAAGCUCUGUGCCUGUGACCGGAAGCUCGUCUACUGCCUCAAGAGAAACCUACGGAGCUACAACCCACAGUACCAAUACUUUCCCAACAUCCUCUGCUCCUAGGCCUCCCCAGCGAGCUCCUCCCAGACCAAGACUUUUGUUCUGUUUUUCUACAACACAGAGUACUGACUCUGCCUGGUUCCUGAGAGAGGCUCCUAAGUCACAGACCUCAGUCUUUCUUGAAGCUUGGCGGACCCCCAGGGCCACACUGUACCCUCCAGCGAGUCCCAGGAGAGUGACUCUGGUCAUAGGACUUGGUAGGGUCCCAGGGUCCCUAGGCCUCCACUUCUGAGGGCAGCCCCUCUGGUGCCAAGAGCUCUCCUCCAACUCAGGGUUGGCUGUGUCUCUUUUCUUCUCUGAAGACAGCGUCCUGGCUCCAGUUGGAACACUUUCCUGAGAUGCACUUACUUCUCAGCUUCUGCGAUCAGAUUAUCAUCACCACCACCCUCCAGAGAAUUUUUACGCAAGAAGAGCCAAAUUGACUCUUUAAAUCUGGUGUAUGGGUAUUAAAUAAAAUUCAUUCUCAAGGCUAAUAAAAACCACAUUGGCAUUUUCCUCUGCUGUGGGGGAUCACUGGUGCCUCUUUCUCUGCCGCUGGGGCAAUAAACCCAAAGAUGUCUACAUUAUCUCCGAAACAGAAGGGAAGAUUAGUAAAUGCACGGUUUUCUGGGAUGAGCUUCAGGCUUUCUCUUGGGCUAAUUUUCUUAGACCUUGGGGUCCUCUCCAGUAUUGGGUCUCAUUCUUCCUCGAUGGGGUCAGGGAAAGAUAACUGGUGAUUAUGCCAGCUUCAGCUUCCAGGCCAGAGAGGGUGGCAUUCAAAUCCCGGUGCUGGCUUCUUCAGCUGUGUGGUCUUGGACCCGUUACUGAACCUCUUCGACUUUCAGUCUCUUUGAGAAAUAAACUGUCUUGUUCCUUGCAAUGUAAAAUGAGACUUCUAAAGCCCACCUUGAUGCUGAUAUGGAGAAUGCUGAGGUUCUAGGAUUUCACACAGCAGGAAUUUUUUUUUAAUAGGUGUCAGCUGUGGGGUUUAUUUUUUACAAAGUAAGGACAUUAAAAAAACCAACCCGUCUAUCAAUUCAUAAAAGAAAGGAUGUUCUGAUACCAAGACUGAAAGAAGAAUGGAUGUAUUCCAAAACAAAGGAACAUCCUUCCAAGAAAGGACCUAUGGCUUCUUUAUUCCGACAUACCCCAAAAUAACUGCAUGAUAAAUAGGUCUAUAUUUAAAAAGCUCUAGUGUUGAAUGUUUUCAAAAUAAAAUUUAAUUUUAUGAGAUUA